AUGGUAGAGUACAGGGAAGGGGACUAUACAAAUCCUACGCUUCCUGUCAAUCAUAGUGCUAUUGAGGGGGCAGCACAGCCUGUUAUUGGUCCCGAUGGAAAGAGGAGAGAACCGGAGAGCAAUGUACUUUUGGCUGCCAUUGGAAAUAUGAAGUAUGCUGUUACUGUUGACGUCAUCAACACGGUUUUUUCUGCAUUUGGUACUGUCCUGAAAAUUGCCAUGUUCGAAAAGAAUGGUCAAACUCAGGCACUAAUUCAGUACCCAGAUGUUACGACGGCAGCAGCUGCUAGAGAAGCUUUAGAGGGGCAUUGCAUAUAUGAUGGUGGCUAUUGUAAGCUUCAUCUAUCAUACUCUCGUCAUACUGAUCUCAAUGUAAAGGCUUUCAGUGACAAAAGUAGAGACUAUACAGUACCACAAGUUCCUGUAACAGCUUGGCAAAAUCCUCAGGCUGCACCUAUGUACCCAACCAGUUCCCCUGGUUUUCAGACUCAAGUUCCUGGAGGACAAGGGCCAUCAUGGGAUCUAACUCAGCAUGCAGUUAGACCGGGUUAAGUACCUGUUCCCGGUGCUUAUCCUGUUCAAAAUGGUGCAUAUCCUACUAUGUCCGCCUACGCGUCCGCAGCUAUGCCUACCGCUUCCUCGCCUCUUGCUCAAAGCAGCCAUCCCGGGGUUCCACACAAUGUAAAUUUACAGCCUAGUGGUGGUUCAACUUCCGGUCCUGGUUCCUCGCCUCACAUGCAAACCAGCUUUGGUGCUCAAGGAUUGGUUCGGCCUGGGGUGCAGCCAAAUGCAAGACCUGGUGGUGAUUCACCUUCAGCAGUUACUGAAUUGGGCAAUGGAAAGCCAAAGUUCUAUUCUACUCGUGAUAAUCUCUUUUUGCAUAAAAUGGCGAUUACCAACAAAUCACGUGUGGUUGUUCUCAACAAGAAAAUCAGCCUCUUCCUUCUUUGCUGCCUAUGAUGCCUAAUGCCAGGAUGGUACUGCAACUUCUGUAUGCAGGGCUCUCGAUGCAAUUGCAGACGUAUCUAUACCAGGUAUGAAUGUUAAGUUAGCACUAUUUAUUUAACUUUACAUUGUUUCUCAUGCUGUAUAUAUGUAUAUCAAGAAAUGCUAUUUGAUAGAAAAUGAUUUUUUUUUUUUAAAUGAAAAUAGAAAGCCUACAUUGUUUUAAAUUCUAUGAAAUAGACGGACCUGAUGUAAAAAAUGGAAUGACCCUGAUGGAAAAAAUAGAAUGUCCUCAUGGAAAAUAUAUGGUAUUUGAACCUAUACGGUUCGAUAAAUGGGAGGAUGAUGAUACAGUGACCCUUAAAGGAAUGAAAAAAGAAAGCCUACUUUGUUUUAAAUUCUAUAAAAUAGAAUGAACCGAUGGAAAAAAUAGAAUGUCCCUGAUGGAAAAUAUAUAGUAUUUGAACCUAUACGGUUCGAUAAAUGGGAGGAUGAUGAUACUGUGACCCUUAAUCGAAUGAAAAUAGAAAGACUACAACCGCUAGGCUAUAUUGAAUGCAUCAAAUAUUUUUGGGGCCUUCAUUAUAUAAUAUAAAUAAGGGUCUUGGUAACGAGUGUUUCCGAGGCACUUUUUAAGCAUUCUAUUAAAAGAAACUUUUUAUUAAAAACUUAAACACUCCAAUUUCCAAUGCCUUGUCUUUACGCAUUUCUAUCAAAAUUCAAUAAAAAGAACUUACUAUUUAAGAGCUUAAAGAGUGCCCCUGAGGCACUAUUUAGCAUUUGCCUAUAAAUAAAUAUAUGUGGCCAAAGUUUAAGCCAAAAUGGUCUUAAAAAUUAGAGGUCUAAAGCCCUAGCUUUGUUAGCUUUAGGGUAUGGCCGGCCCUGUGUUUGACAGGAACCAUACAAGUGUGUUAAACCGUAUAUAUCAUAGGAAUUGUAAGCCUACCUCUAAUCAUCGAAAACUAUUAUGCGAUCCUUGCAUGCCUUGCAACCAUAAUCAUAAAAAUAUGUAUGCAGUUGCUUAUUGGACUUUUGAAGGGGAUAAAUGAAUUCUUUCAAUUGUGUUUGGAAGUUGCAAGGUAGUAUUGAACUCACCUUUGUUAUAUAUAAUGAAUGACACGAUAUUCAAGGUGGGGUUGAAGUUGUUUUGUUAGCAAUUGUGAUUUGUGACAGUUAUUGUAGAUUGGAGAAUCAGUUGUUUUAUGACAUUAUGCAAUGGCUGAAAAUAUUAGGAAAAAAAGAGUUCGUACAUUUUAUUAACAAUUGUUGAAAAGUUACCAAGGUUUGCAACACAAUUCAUUAAGGUAAAUAUAAACUUUGAUAUCUUUAAUUUUAGACUUAAUUAGUAUUUUGGUCCCCUAAAGAUAUGACUAACGGAAAGAAUCGUUAUGAUUGACGGAUGUAUUUUUAAGGGACUUAAAUAAAACUUUUUUUUUUCUUUAAGAGACUAAUAUGAAACCAAAAAUAUCCACAAUACUAAUUAAGCCUUAAUUUUAACUUUGUUAGAAAUUGUGACAGGUAUUGUAGGUUAGAGAAUUAGUUAUUUUGAGACAUUAUGCAAUUGGCAUAUUUUGCUAGUAUUAGUAGGUAGUUAGUUAAUCUCUUGCAGCUUUAUGUUAAGUGAAUCGAAUAUAUCUCCAAAUUGAUCUUCAUAUUGUCUCUUUUUAAUUUUUUUCUCUUUUUUUUCCUCUCUAAUUUUUCCUUCUUAUUUACACCUAAAAAUAAAUUGUAUAUUAACCAAAAUCGACAGAAUGGCGAAUUUCCUUCCAUUGAUAGAAGGAUAGUCGAGUGCCAAUAUAGUUAAAUGCGUAUUAGUCGAAUCUUUCUUAUGUUUACUAAAGUCUAUCAAGGUCACAAUCACAAUUUGUGGCGGAACUAGGAAUAUUUUUUAGGGUGGGCUGUCGAAUCUUUCUUAUGUUUACUCAUGAAGUUGUUGAAGAUAAGAAAAAAUGCGGUGAAAGAUUGAAGAAGAAGAAGAAGAAGCAUAUUGAAAACUUCAAAAACUAAUUUUCAUUGAUUGAUUCACAAAACGGUUACAAGCACCUUUAUAUAGGUGAAGGAAGUUAUAACAAACUUCUAACAAAGUACUAGCUAGGCUACUCUACAUAAGCUGUACACUAAGCAAAGAUACACAAGCACUAAGAGAGGUAGCUUAUAUAUCAAGCAACUGUAGAGUGUAAUACCCUCCCUCAAGCUAAACAUGGUAAAUGUCAAUCAUGUUGAGCUUGGAAAUGAAGGAAUGAAAGGAUUUUGGAGGAAGAGGCUUGGUGAAGAAAUCCGCUAGUUGAGAUUUGGUGUGAAUGAGAAGCAAUUUGAAAACAUCAUGUUGCAAUUUUUCUCUAACAAAGUGGCAAUCAAUCUUAAGAUGCUUGGUGCGUUCAUGGAAAACAGGGUUAGCAGCAAUAUGAAGUGCGCUUUGGUUGUCACAAUAUAAGACAUGAGGCUUGACACAUGACACUCUUAAAUCUUUGAGCAAAUAAGCAAGCCAUUGAAGUUCACAAGCAGCAAAAGAUAAGACACGAUACUCUGCUUCUGAAGAACUACGAGCUAUAGUGUGUUGUUUCUUGGCACGCCAUGAAAUCAAAGAGGAGCCAAGGAAGAAGCAAUACCCUGAAGUGGAGCGUCGUGUAUCAAGGCAACCAGCCCAAUUAGCAUCAGUAAAACCAAGCAAUUGCAAUUUUGAAGUCCUGCUAAAGAACAAUCCACGACCAGGUGAACCUUUGAGAUAUUUGACGACUCUACAAGCAGUAUCAUAGUGAACUUGUGUAGGUGAGGUCAGAAAUUGACUAAGUUGUUGAGUGACAAAGGCAAUGUCUGGCCUAGUGGUAGUGAGAUACAACAGUUUUCCAACCAAUCUUCUAUAGCUAGCAAUAUCUUCAAAUAGUGGAGAUGUAUCUUGAUGUAACUUGACAGAAGGGUCAAGAGGUGUCUUUGCAGGCUUAGCUCCAAGCAAACCAAUAUCUUGUAACAAAUCAAGGCAAUACUUGCGUUGACAAAGAGUUAUAAAUUGUGACAGGUUUUGUAGGUUGGAGAAUUAGUUGUUUUGAGACAUUAUGCAAUUGACAUAUUUUGCUAGUAUUAGUAGGUAGUUAGUUAAUCUCUUCCAGCUUUAUGUUAAGUGGAUUGAAUAUAUCUCCAAAUUGAUCUUCA